AUGUGUGACGUUGUUUUAGGAGCCCAAUGGGGUGAUGAAGGAAAAGGAAAAUUAGUCGACUUGUUAUGUGACGACAUCGAUGUUUGUGCUAGAUGUCAAGGAGGUAACAAUGCAGGACACACCAUUGUUGUUGAUGGUAAGAAAUUUGACUUUCACAUGUUACCUAGUGGACUAGUUAAUCCCAAGUGUGAAAAUGUCAUUGGAUCUGGAGUUGUUGUUCAUGUUCCAUCAUUUUUCCAAGAGUUACAAAACUUGGAAGUUAAAGGCUUAGAUUGUCGCGGUCGUUUAUUCGUUAGUUCUAGAGCUCAUUUGGUUUUCGAUUUCCACCAAAGAACUGAUAAAUUGAAGGAGGCGGAAUUGUCGGAAAACAAAAAGUCCAUUGGUACUACUGGUAAAGGUAUUGGCCCUACUUAUUCUACUAAAGCUUCAAGAUCAGGUAUCAGAGUUCAUCAUUUGGUUAACCCUGAACCAAAAGCAUGGGACGAGUUCAAGACUAGAUAUAUGAGAUUAGUCGAAUCAAGAAUGAAGAGAUAUGGUGAAUUUGAUUAUGACUAUGAAGAAGAAUUGGCCAGAUAUGCCAAGUAUAGAGAAGAGUUGAGACCUUUUGUGGUUGACACUGUUGAAUACAUGCAUAAUGCCAUUGCUGACAAGAAGAAGAUUUUAAUUGAAGGUGCCAAUGCUUUGAUGUUGGACAUUGAUUUUGGUACUUAUCCAUACGUUACUUCUUCUUCCACCGGUAUUGGUGGUGUGUUGACUGGAUUGGGAAUCCCACCAAAAACCAUUAGAAACAUUUAUGGUGUUGUCAAGGCAUACACUACUAGAGUUGGUGAAGGUCCAUUCCCCACUGAACAAUUGAACUCUGUUGGUGAAACUUUGCAGGAUGUCGGUGCCGAAUAUGGUGUCACCACCGGAAGAAAAAGAAGAUGCGGUUGGUUAGAUUUGGUUGUAUUGAGACAUUCAACUUUAAUCAAUGGUUACACUUCGUUAAACAUUACUAAAUUGGAUGUUUUGGACAAGUUUAAGGAAAUUAAAGUGGGUGUGGCUUAUAAAUUGAAUGGUAAAGAAUUAAAGAGUUUCCCUGAAGAUUUGAUUGAUUUAGGCAAUGUCGAAGUUGUUUAUGAAACAUUACCUGGUUGGGAAACUGAUAUCACCAAGAUUAAGAAUUAUGACGAUUUACCAGAAAAUGCCAAAAAAUAUCUUGAUUUUAUUGAAAAGUAUCUUCAAGUGCCAAUUCAGUGGGUUGGUACUGGCCCAGCAAGAGAUUCAAUGUUGGUCAAACAACACUAA